GGCUCGCGGCCAGCCCAGGCAGUGCAGGGUAGGUGGGCGCAGACAGAGCGACUACGGGUCGGGGCUGGGCUCAGCGCUCUGCGAACAAAGGAGUCUGCGGCGGUUCCGCGGCUCCGCGGAGGACCAAAGCUUCGCUAGACUCUUGAGGCUCCGCUGCUCCGGGUCGGCUUCCCCUCGGUUCCACCGCGGGCGCCGCGGCACCUGCCGCCGAGUGCUGCCCAGGGAGCCUGUCCCGCCCGGGGCUCAUGAUGGGGCUGAUCUUCGCUAAACUGUGGAGCCUUUUCUGUAACCAAGAGCACAAAGUAAUCAUUGUGGGACUGGAUAAUGCGGGGAAAACCACCAUUCUUUAUCAAUUCUUAAUGAAUGAAGUAGUUCAUACUUCUCCAACCAUAGGAAGCAAUGUUGAAGAAAUAGUUGUGAAGAACACUCAUUUUCUUAUGUGGGAUAUUGGUGGUCAAGAGUCUCUGCGGUCAUCCUGGAACACCUAUUACUCAAACACAGAGUUCAUCAUUCUUGUUGUCGAUAGCAUUGACAGGGAACGCCUGGCUAUUACAAAAGAAGAAUUAUACAGAAUGCUGGCUCAUGAGGAUUUAAGGAAAGCAGCAGUCCUUAUCUUUGCAAACAAACAGGACAUGAAAGGGUGCAUGACGGCAGCUGAAAUCUCCAAAUACCUCACCCUUAGUUCAAUUAAGGAUCACCCAUGGCACAUCCAGUCGUGCUGUGCACUCACAGGAGAAGGGUUAUGCCAAGGUCUAGAAUGGAUGACCUCCAGGAUUGGUGUGAGAUAAUUUUUUUGCUUGAAAAAGACUUCUCUAUUUAUUCGGUGACAUGAACACUUUUCCUAAUACCUUUGGCUGCUGAGGCAGCAGCAUGUUUAAUUUAUGACAACACAAACCUCCGAGUGACGCUUGAAUCAAGUGCCGCUGUACUGGAACAUAAAGAUGUUUUUCUUACCUUUGUUUCAAAUGUACUAAUCUCAGUCAGACGAACAUAACGUGUAACUAUGUUGUAGCAGCCGGACUCUUCUGACUGUGUAUUCAAAUUAUUCGGUGACUGCCUUGUAAAAACCGUUUGUCAUAUAUUUCCUGUUAUCUGAAGUUUUGUUAUGUCAUUUAUAACUAGUUCCUUUCACCUCUUGGCCACCACUCCUCCUUCCGAGGUACUUACUGGUUUGAUAGAACAGUAGUGGGAAUCGGCGUAUAUUGUUUAUCCAGCACUAAACGUUCUUUUCUCUACAAACCCUUUUUAUCUUUUGGAGAGAAUUAAUUACAAUGAAGAAAAUCUAUCUAGGAAUGAACUAACUCUCUCUCUCUCUCUCUCUCUCUCUCUCUCUCUCUCUCUCUCUCUCUCUCUCUGUGGGUAUGUGUAAACAUCAUGAAUACUUGCCUUUAAAUUUUCCUCACCUCAUUGCAUGUGAUAGUAUAAUUUUAAGUUGUUUUUUGCAUGGGAUUUAUUUAGUCCAUUUAUUUAUAUAAGGAAUUAAGCUCACUUUUCUGCCAACCAUAUUUGCUUAAAAAUUAAUCAAUGUGAAGCAUGAAUAUAAAAACUCAGCUUCAACGGUCAACACUAUUGGCUCCAGCUAGUAGCUGAAGAUUUUUCAGUGUGUAUGUAACUGUCAGAAUUUACUAAAAUACACCAACGUAAAUUAGAGCCAGGACACUUGGAGUAUGUUUUUCUCUCAGUUUACUGCCUGCUUUAUUGUCAGCAUAACCUCAGCUGUUUUGUCAGAGAUACCACACCGGCUCGGCAGCAGCCUAAGCAUGGGCAGUUCUUUAUUUAUUUCUUAAGUGUGUAGUAGUACCUGUUAGAGCAUCGUUAUCACCAGCAGUAUAUUACUGAAAGGCAAAACAACAUGGGCUUUCCAUAAACCUGGCUGAGGAUGAUGGGAAAGAGGCUUCAAAUUCUUUUUACCCCACCUCUUGUCUCUUCGUAGGUAGACUUGUGUCUUAAACUCUUCUAGGGUGCUCUGGAUCUAUUCCUAGCUUUAGAAUGUUCCUGUGAGACUCAGCAAUCAUGUUCUCUGUUCUCUGUUUGUUUGGCUGUUUUUUGUUUGUUUUGUUUUGAUAGGGUUUCUCUCAGUAGUCCUUGCCCUGGAACUCACUAGGUAGACCAGGCUGUCAUAUUCUCAGCAAUGUAGAUGGUUUAAUUGGUUACGGAAAUGGAAGGAAAGGGCCCAAUGCUUAAGUCGGGCUUCUGGGUGGUGUUAAUGGUUCCCAAGGCAGUUAUCUAAGAUGAAAGUAAGAAUGAACCCUUAAGUUGAAGGGGGACAGGUGUUGUCAUUAGCCUUGUCUAUGUCAUCUGGCCAUUUGCCAUAUGGAAGGUAUAAAAUGUAUACUAAGGGGUAGUUCUUCAUUUUUUCAGUAUUUUUCAUUUGGAUCAAAAUAAGCUUCAGUGUUUAUAAAUACCUGCUCGAAAUUGGUAUUUUAAUUUCAGGUUUUUUUUUUUUUUUUUUUUUUUUUUUAUGUAAUUUGCCUUAAAUUUCCUCUCAUGGGGUGUACUCAUUUGCUGUACUUAGUUAAUUUAGUUGAACUUGAUAAUAUUUUUAUUUACUGUUUGUACCCUUGAUCUGAAAAAGUAGUUAGAAGAAAAUUUUUUCUGAACUUUUGGAAAUUGUUUAAACUUUGAAUCUUUUUGUUAGUGAUUCUAUGCCAAGUAGAGGAUAAGUUUAAUUUUUUUCCUUGUGUGUUUUAAAUAUAACUCAUAAUCAAAGAUGAGAGAGAAAAGCAGAUAUAAAUCAGUGUGGAUGGUGUGUGGUCGUGCGGUGGGGAUGAGAACUGAGAAAAUACCAGUUACUUAAAGCACACUUUGCCUGAAUUUUACUUUGUUAUAUUGUUUACCAUAAAUAUUAAAAAAAAUUCUCAUAAGCCUGUCCUGAGACAAAGCAUAUUUAAUGUCCCAAUAUUUCUUCUUAUAAAAUAAUUUUCUGCCUCCUUGUAUCUAAUAAGAUUGGCUGGUUCAAUUUUCUUCUAUCAGAUAAUAUGGUUAUUUUUUAUAUUACCACAUCAGCAUUAUAUUGAAAGUGUUUUUUAAUAGUUGAUUGUAUUUUGUCAAACAACUACUAGUAUAGAUGCAGAUUUGCUAUUUAAUUGUUGAAAGUACAGUUUAUUUUACAUGUAAACACUUUUUUAAAAGUAUAUGAUUCGUUUGGAUUAGAAGCAAUUGCUGUUAGCUAUUUGGAAAUGGAAUCUGCAUUCAAGUAGAUGUUGUGCCGUUGAUGGGAAAGGGUUCAGUAGGAAGUUCCUGUGAGACGUUUGCGAGGCUUUUCAUCAGCCUUCCCGUCUGUUCAAUAGGAAACAGUUAUCCUUUACUGUAAGAGAAUGUUCGGACCCCAGCAGGCGUUAAGAUGCUGAAGCAUUUCACUUGAACAUUCGCUGCAUAUGGAAUGACUGACUGUAAAAUAUUCUUUUAUCAACUUGUGAAUGUGUGAUGUGUGCCUUUGUUAUUUUGAGAUGAGUUCUUAAAUUUUUACUCUGUUCUUUCAAAGUCACAUCGACUGGGAAGAGAUGGAGGGGAGGGGCUUGUGUUUCACAUUCUCCUUUGUCUGCAUAUGUUGUUUAGAAAAGUUGUAUUAUACAGAAACCUCCCACACCUGCUUAAUACCUUAAGAUUAUCUUGUACUUUUAAUUUAAAAAUGAAAAAAACUUUACCUUAAAAUCCUCUCAACAUGUUACAGAUAAAAAUGCAAAAAAAAAAAAAAAAAAAAAAAAAAAACCCUUCCUCCCAGACCCUGCACCAUUCCCUUCCCUGAGCACGCUGUCAUCACCUAGAAGCACACUCAGAAUCACUGUAGAUGUAACACCCGCUUUUGUAAGGGAAUGCACUAAAUAUUUUUAUUGUUAAUGUGAUUUAAUUUCUUAAAACCUGAAAUAUUAAUAUAUAUAACCUAUUGAAAACUGGGGGUUGAAUCUGUAAUGCUUGCUUUUAGGUUUUUGUGUUAACAUUCUUAAAGGGAUAGUACUUUUAUUCUAUAUUCACUAGAGAAUAGAUACAUUUCAUUUUUUUUUAAAAAAACAGCUUUACAUAAUUCCCAUAGGAAUAGCAUUUUUUUUUUUUUUUUUUAAAUGGGAAAUGGCUGGAAACAGAGCCUCUAGUAGCCAAGGUGAACAGCAACACCAGUGCAUGAUGCUCCCCCAGUGCUGGGAUUACCAUAGGUAUUUUAAUUGAAUAUAAUUUAACUUUCAUUGUAGCAUAAAGAGAAAACAGUUGGGUUCCCCCCUCCCCCCCCCCCCAGGAAACAAUGAGGGAUACACACAAUGCUGUAAACAAUAUUCCCUGGGCCACGAAGAAAUCUUUGAAGAAGAUAAGAGGUUUUAAGUCUUUGUGUUGUAUUCCAACAGAUCAUGGGCAGAAUUGUUCCCAAGACAUUCAUCAAACUCCCACUGUGUUAGAGUGUGGACUAGCAAGCACACUGGGAGUAUGGAUUAUGCCUCUACACUAUGAUGCUUUAUUGGCGCUUAGCUCUAGAGGCCAGUUUUAUGUGCCAACUUAUCUGUGGAACAAAAUCCUCACACACCUAAACUUUAGUUCUAAAGGUCUUUUAUCUUCUGUCAGGGGUCACCUCAAGAUGUAGCUUCUAGUCCUAGUCUAGACACACGUUGAAACACUGCCUGUCUGAAGGAGUGGAUUCUGAUCUUAAUCUGCCCAUUCAUCGUGUAUCUAUUUGACCUAAGACACUAUUGUUUACGCCCUUUUUGUUCUUCCCAAACUGUGGAGCCUUUAAGUAAACUAAGCCUCAAAUAUGUCUUCUGUUUAAUAUUCUGAAGCCUUAUCCACUAUCACUCUCUUUUCAAGUCUUAAAAUAAUAGGGGAACGCUUUUAGUUCCACACCUCAGUGGUUUUAUCCACUGCAUGAUCCCCACCCCAGCACCACGUGUAUACAAUCAGGUAAGAACACAGUAUGAAGAGGUAGCUUUCCUUUGGCUUAAACUGAAUGACUGUCUAGCUAACGACUGUACAAAGCAACAGCUGUAUUCAUCAGAAAAUGGCUUUGAGUGGCUUCUAAGUAGCACCCAUGUGUGUUGGAAACCCAGCUUUACAGAACUUACCUUAUUUUGCUGGCUUUUCUGACUGGAUAGAAGUGGUUAGUGUGUUUUAUUUCCUGCCUUUAAGGCAUCCUAAACACUUGGGUUGCCAGCUCUGAAAAAGUAGCAUCAGCCAGACAUCAGUGUGUUGCAGACUUAAGUCCACUUGUGUGUGAAAACGGCUGCUGUUUAAGGUCAUUGGUUUUCAGUGUCAUCUCAUCUUGAUUCAUUUAAUAUUAGUGUGAAGACUGAAGCCCAAGCGGCAGGGUUAGGGGGAAAAAGAUAUAUUUUGAGAAUUAUGGGUGGCCAAAGCUAUAUAGAGGUCAAUGAGAGACCUAGGUACCCUAUAUUGCAUUUCAUAUGGCUGGAAAGCCUGAAGGCUGGUUAGCAUUCUAGGAUUAGUCUGGAAUGUUAGUCACACAGGAGCUCCUUGAUUUUUUUUUUUUUUUUUUAAGACCAGUACUCUGCAUUUUCUCCAUGCUAUGUGUAGAUGGUGUUUAGAAAUCAGAACUUCGAAGUGAAUGAAAAGGUUUUCUUGCACAACUUGUGAAUUUUUAAUUUAAAAAGAAUUAUUACCUCAUUUUUCACUCUACAAAGUGCUUUGCUUAAGUGUCUGGGUUGUUGGACCUUACCCUAAAACCCCCUUCUCCCAAAUGUCUUGGGAUAUGGAGAGUGCCCUGCUGAAGGGAGGCUGAGUGCUGGGCAGGGCUUUUGUUUUGUGUGUUUCCCAGCCGCAGGGUGAACAGGUGUCCUUUCAUUCAGUACAGUUGAGCAAAACACUCAGUAUUUAAUUCCUUACAGAAAGAAGAGGAAAGUUCUGCAGAAUGGUGCUAAAACCACAAAUGGCCAUCAUUUGAUCUCAGUAGUUCAUGAAUGAUUGGCAUGUUUUAGCUCCAAUUGGGAGAAACUGUAGUCAUUUUAAUCUUAAAUUUUCCCUUAGAAAAUUCAGGGACACCCUGUCACCCCCCAUUUAUUCCCUUGGAGUAAAUGGUCACAGUCUCCUGGUGACCAUUUCUUCCAUCUAGAUUUCAUCUUGAAAAAGCUUCGCUGCUGUUUCACUGAGAUUGUGAAAUAAAAUGAUGAUUCUGGCAUUUCCCAAUUGUGAGAUAGUUCCCCAUUUCUCCAUGCUGCUGUCUUUCACAGAACAUAGUUUAAGAUAGAGCAAACUCCUCAUAGUUCUGGCCUCGCUGUCGGGUUUAUUCUAAUGGCAGUAUAAUGAUCAUGAUUACACAUUCUCGUCCUCACACAUAACUUGGUGCUUUAUAACAGUAAAGAGAAAGUGGGCCCUGGACUCAUUAUACUUUUAGCUUGGAUUGUAAAACUCUUUAAAUGUGCAAGUAUGUUCAUUUUAUAAGAUUUAAAUAGACAUUAUUAUCCAUUACAUCUCAGGCUCUGUGCAAGCUGUCUGACAGCAUCUUUGCCAAGCAGCUUGGUUCAAUGGAUGGUAUUGUUAAGAUCAAGGUAGGAUCUCUUCUCUCUGUGAGCCCUCUGGUGUUUACAGAGGGGGAAACAGUGUCUUUCAUAUCACAUCCUGCUUCUGAACCCUAUGGGAAUGUAAGAAACUGAUGGGUGCGCCAUUGCUCUGAUACUUAAGUGCUAACCAAGAAACUGUAAAAGCAAAUACUGAAAGCAUUUCACACCAUCACGCCCACAAAUGGCUCCAAGCUUGUUUGAUUAGGAGGUUGUUGAAAGAACAUGGUUUUUGAAUUUUAACAUUUUUCACUAUCAUGAAAUGCUUCUUUUAUAUGUUAGGUCAUAUUCAUGAUUUUUUUAUUUCUGCAAUUAUGUUCUAAUGAAUUGUGUGCAUGCAACUUACCCAAGGAAAAAGAUGCAGUUUGCUCUGGACUGUUAAUCUGUUAGAGAGGUUUUGGCUCAUUUGCAAUCAUGGUGCAAUAUAGCAUGAUAUCCAUUUGUUUUCAGUCCACAGUUUUAUUUUUGUCAUAAUAAAUACUUUUCCAAUAUGAA